UAGUCGGCUCGCCUGGGCGCAGCGAGGAUGGGAGGGUCGCAGUCCCUGCAGCCAGUCCCCGCCAGCGACCUGAGCCUGGAGGCUUCCGAGGCAAUGAGCUCUGACUCUGAAGAAGCGUUUGAGACCCCGGAGUCCACGACCCCUGUCAAGGCUCCGCCAGCCCCGCCCCCACCGCCCCCCGAGGUCACCCCAGAACCUGAGGUCAGCGUACAGCCUCCCCCGGAAGAACCAGGAAACCCAGGAUGCAGGCCUGAGCCCACCCCCGCUCCCGAUGGCCCAGGAAGCAACUCCGUGGAGGGAAGCCCUUUCCGGCCUCCGUCACACUCCUUCUCUGCCGUCUUCGAUGAAGACAAGCCGAUAGCCAGCAGCGGCACUUACAACUUGGAUUUUGACAGCAUCGAGCUGGUCGACUCCUUCCAGACCUUGGAGCCGCGCCCCUCGGACUCUAAGAGCCAGGAGCGCAAAGCCAGUGCGCGGAGGAAGUCCACGGACUCCGUGCCCGUCUCCAAGUCCGCCCUGUCCCGCUCGCUCAGCCUGCAGGCUGGCGACUUUGAUGGUGCUUCUUGCACAGGCCACGCGGAUGCCGCGGCCCCGGCCCCGGACGCCUACGGCUCGGGCUCGAGCAGCGCUUCCAGCACCCUUAAGCGAACUAAAAAGCCCAGGCCGCCUUCCUUAAAAAAGAAGCAGACCGCCAAGAAGCCCCCAGAAACACCCCCCGUGCAGGAGACACACCAGGAGCCAGCCGAGGAGAGCCCCGGGCCCGGCGAGGACGCCGCGGCCGACCCCAAGGCGGACCCAGCGGCGGUGGGGGCUUCUGGGCCAGCCUCGUCGGAAGAGGCAGCCCUCGAGCCCGCCGCCGAGCCCCAGGCCGCCUGCCCCCCGGACUCGGAGGCCGCGGGAGGGGCCGGCGCCCUGCAGAACUCACCCCCCGUUGGGCGGAAAACGGCGCCUCUGGCCACGGCCCCCGGGGCGGCGGAGCUGCCCCCGUCAGAUAGCGGGGGGCAGGAGGACGCCCCGGCCAAGGGGCUUGCCGUGAGGCUGGAGUUUGACUAUUCUGAGGACCAGGGCAGUUGGGACACCCAGCAGGAAAACCCCCCUCCUACCAAAAAGCUAGGCAAGAAGCCGGUGGCCAAAAUGCCUCUGAGGAGGCCAAAGAUGAAAAAAACGCCCGAGAAACUCGACAACACCCCUGCCUCUCCCACCGGCUCCCCCGCCGAGCCCAGCGACACCCCUAUUGCUAAAGGUACCUACACCUUUGAUAUUGACAAGUGGGACGACCCCAAUUUUAACCCCUUUUCUUCCACCUCAAAAAUGCAGGAGUCCCCCAAACUGCCCCAACAGUCGUACAGCUUUGACCCGGACGCCUGCGACGAGUCCGCGGAACCCCUUCAGGCACCCUCUAGGCCCCCCAGCUCACCUUCCAAACCCCCAGCCUCCUUUGAGAUCCCAGCCAGCGCCGCAGACACCAACGGCGUGGAUGGGGAUGGGCUGAGCAAGCCCGCCAAGAAGAAGAAGACGCCCCUAAAGACGAUGGUUGAAGAUGUGAUGUCUGUGUGUUCUCUGUUUGACACAUUUAGGGUGAAAAAGUCGCCAAAACGGUCCCCACUGUCUGACCCACCUUCUCAGGACCCCACACCAGCGGCCACCCCAGAAUCGCCGCCGGUCAUCUUGGCCGUGGUGCACGCCACCGACGAGGAGAAGCUGGCCGUCACCAGCCAGAAGUGGGCGUGCAUGACGGUGGACCUGGAGGCCGACAAGCAGGACUACCCGCAGCCCUCGGACCUGUCCACCUUCGUGAACGAGACCAAGUUCAGUUCCCCCUCGGAGGAGUUGGAUUACCGAAACUCCUAUGAAAUUGAAUAUAUGGAGAAAAUUGGCUCCUCCUUACCUCAGGAUGAUGACGCCCCGAAGAAGCAGGCCUUGUACCUUAUGUUUGACACUUCUCAGGAGAGCCCGGUCAAGUCUCCCCCUGUGCGGAUGUCCGAGUCCCCGACGCCGUGUUCAGGGUCAAGUUUUGAGGAGACAGAAGCCCUUGUCAAUGCCGGGGCGACGAUCCAACAUCCCGUUCCACGAGGGCUGGCCCCCAGCCAGGAACCACACACACAGGUGCCAGAGAAAUCCUCCCAGAAAGAACUGGAGGCCAUGGCCUUGGGCAGCACUGCAGAAGCGAUAGAAAUUACAGCUUCCGAGGGCUCCUUGGCCUCUGCUGACGCCCUCCUCAGCAGGCUGGCUCAUCCGGCCUCUCUCUGUGGUGCGCUUGACUAUCUGGAACCCGACUUAGCAGAAAAGAACCCCCCAGUAUUUGCUCAGAAACUCCAGGAGGAGUUAGAGUUUGCCCUCAUGCGGAUAGAAGCCCUGAAGCUGGCCCGGCAGAUUGCGCUGGCCUCCCGCAACCGCCAGGACACCCAGAGAGACGCUGUUCCCCCCGCGGACGCCUCCAUCUCCAAAAGCGCCUUGUACUCCCGCAUCGGGGCCGCCGAGGUGGAGAAGCCGGCCGGUCUCCUGUUCCAGCAGCCCAGCCUGGACUCCGCGCUCCAGGUGGCCAGAGCCGAGAUCAUAACCAAGGAGAGAGAGGUCUCAGAGUGGAAAGACAAAUACGAAGAAAGUCGGCGGGAGGUGAUGGAAAUGAGGAAAAUAGUGGCUGAGUAUGAGAAGACCAUCGCUCAGAUGAUAGAGGAUGAACAGAGGGAGAAAUCCGUCUCCCACCAGACGGUCCAGCAGCUGGUUCUGGAGAAGGAGCAAGCGCUGGCCGACCUCAACUCCGUGGAGAAGUCCCUGGCCGACCUCUUCAGGAGAUACGAGAAGAUGAAGGAGGUUCUGGAAGGAUUCCGCAAGAAUGAAGAGGUGUUGAAGAAGUGCGCACAGGAGUACCUGUCCCGGGUGAAGAAGGAGGAACAGAGGUACCAGGCCCUGAAGGUGCACGCAGAAGAGAAGCUGGACAGGGCCAACGCCGAGAUAGCCCAGGUCCGAGGCAAGGCCCAGCAGGAACAGGCGGCCUACCAGGCCAGCCUGCGGAAGGAGCAGCUGCGGGUGGACGCGCUGGAGAGGACGUUGGAGCAGAAGAACAAAGAGAUAGAAGAACUCACCAAGAUCUGUGAUGAACUGAUUGCCAAAAUGGGGAAAAGCUAACUUUGAACCACACGUCUGAACUUGACCGUUGCGUGCAAUAUGACCGUCGGCACACUGCUGCCCACCCCGCUGUGAGGACAGGGUGUCUCACUUUUGCGUAUGCACUACUGUAUUUCCUUUCCAAAUAAAGUUGAUUUGAUUGUAUGCAGUACUAGGGAGACCAUCAGAAUUUCUUGCUAUUGGUUUGCAUUUUCCUAGUAUAAUUCAUAGCAAGUUGACCUCAGAGUUCCUGUAUCAGGGAGAUUGUCUGAUUCUCUAAUGAAAGACACAUCGCUGACCUUGACCUUGCCCUUUGCACCUGAGUUCCCAGGGUGAGCGGCUUCUGGAUUUCAUAUGAACUUGUACAGCUUGCACAGGGACUCUUGCCUUAAAGAGCGUAAACUUGAUCUGCAUUUGCUGAUUUGUUUAAGAAAAUGCAUGUUUCCAAUAAAAUUCUCUAUUGUAAAUAAAUUUUUUUCUUUGGAUCUUG